UCGGUCGCAUUCAUUUACCAUGAUGACGCGUUAUCCAGAGUUGCUACCAAAACGUCAGCGUACCAAAAUUUCUCUACUUAAAAUCUAGCUGUGGUAUCAUUUAAAUCAAUAUAUCAGAUGUCAUGUAUGAAUGAUGAUUGAUGAAUACCUGAUAUGUUCAAGGCCAAAUCUUUGGUAGUCGUCGUCGUUGGGACAAAAAUCAAAAGAAAAACAAACACGACAGAAAUUUUAUACCCAUGCCCUUCGCAUGUAGUUGCAGUGAAAAGGCUCUUUUGUAUUUUUGUAUAUAGGCGCUGCCGUCCUUCAACUUCAAGUCACGCGAACUGAAAUGCAGCCAAGCCCUCCAGCGCCGCAACCAACGCCCGACUCACUCCCGCCGCGAGCACUUCCCACCCAAGCGGCGAUGGCGACGCAGGACGAGCUCCAGGCGGCCGUCGCCGCGGUCACGGAGAAGAAGCGCCGCCUCCGGGAGGCAUUCGACCGCCUCGUCUCCUGCGCCCCGGUCCCUGUCCCCUUCCGCUGGGAGGACGUCGACGCGCACCUCGCCGCCAUCUUCCGCCACCUCGGCUCCACCCACGCCGACGUCAUAGCCAUCGCUGGGGGUCCAGCCACCGCUGCUCACCACUUCCAGUUCCAGCACACGGUCAAGGAGGAGCAGGACCAGGAACGCCGCGUCGGGCGCGGCGCGUCGGAGGAGGGACAAGGUAGCAAUGCGGAGGAAGGCAGGAGCGCGUCGUCGCACCAGGAACGCGGGGAGGAGGAAGGGGAGGUCCGGGAGGCGUCAGUUGCGCGUCCCGACCGAGAAGCCGACGAAGCGGGCAACAUUCUCGGGGCGGAGGCGGUUCCAGAGCAGCUAGACGACGAGAAGGAGGAUGACAUGGGGACAAUCGUGGCGUCUCCCCACCAACGCAAUGAUGGCAUCGAGAUGGUAGUGGAGGAGGAGGAGGAGGCCGUCAAGGGGAACGCAGACAGAGAAGGCCGCGAGGACGAGGCGGAGGAAGGGGAGUGGCGGCAGCAGCAUCCGCACGCCGCAGGCGGGGGAGAGACGUCGUCGGCUCUGGCGAAAGCCGUCGCCGCGGCGUGCGCGAACAUGGACCCCUCCGCGCUGGUGGACUCGCUGCGCGUCAGCGGCAGGAGCUCCCCCCGCGCGUUCCUCCCGGCGCUGCUCGGCGCCCCGGACCCCCACGCUCUCCUUGUCCGUGCCGUCGGCGGCGUUUUGGACAUGGCCUCAGCGGAGCGCGACGCGAGCAAGUGGUGGUGCGCAAACUGCGUCGCGCUGGUCGAAUGCGCGCCCCGCCUCCCCGCGCCGUCGCCGGACGCGCUGGCGCAUGCAAAGCGCCUGGCGGGGCGCUGGAAGGAGAUGGUGGUUGCGGGCCCUGCGGGUGGCGGGGACACGGGCGGGAUGGCCGGAUGGGGCCUUCUCACCUUCAUUGCUUCCUACGACAUUGCCCCGGAGUUCGAUGCUGAUGAGAUCAUCCGUCUCUUCGGUGAUAUCGCGUCUGAGGUGAAGGACAACUGCGUUGAGCUCUGCAAGCGGCUUGGCCUCAUCGGAAAGAUGACUGAUUCAGUCGACCAUUUCAUCGAAAAUGGGCAGCCAAUCGAUGCUAUAAGACUGGCACGUACUUUCGGUUUGACUGGCAAGUAUACUCCACUUGCCAUCAUGAAUGAUUAUAUUGAGAAUGCCAAGAAGGAUGCUGAAGACAUACUAAGCAAGGAGAGCUAUACACCAGAGUCUCGGAAGCAAGCGAUGGCAAAGAAGGUUGAUGCUCUAAUAUUUUUAUGGAGUGCAAUCGAUGGGUACGAUAUGGAUUCUGUUCAGCGUAGUAGCAUCAAGGCAGAAAUUACCCAGCUGUUACACAAGUACGCAAACAAGCAGCAAAGUCUGGCAGGUGUUCCUGCCUCCAUUUCAAGUUCGCACCAGCAGCAGAAGUUUCAGGAGGAGUAUCGGCAGCGGCCACCGGUGGAACAGGAGACGCAGCAGCGAAAGGCACAUGAGCUGCAGCAAGAAACAGAAGAGAAACAGCACCACCAGCAGCGGAAGGCACAAGAGACGCAGCAUCAGCACAUCCAAGAUCAACAAGAGACGCAGAAGCGGGAAAUGUGGCAGAACCGGAAAAGGAGAAGGCAAAACAAGAAUCGCAAGAGGAAACAGCGCAGGCAGAAUCUGCAGCAGCAGAGUAAACGUCCAAGGCUACCUCCAUAUGUCAGGCCAGGAGUUGGCAACCAGCACGGGCAGCCAUUUUCAGGAGGUCGAUUCGCAGCCUGUGCCACUACCAUACCUCCAUAUUAUUGGUCCAUGGGAUGAUCGCUCUCGGCAUCACAUGCCAGUGUUGCCAGAGUAAGUGCUCGGUGUUCUAUUAGUAAAUUGAUGGUCCAGAAUAGAAGAGAAAGCUGUUCGGUGCUGAUUGGUUUCGCUUAGCUUUCCGUAAAGAAGUUUUUAAGUCCCUGCAGUCACUUGUGUAUAUGAUAUGCACAGUUUAGCUACCCUCGGUGGCUCUGUUAACAAUCGACUUUAUAUGCUGGAUAUGCCUAGUAGUUACUCAUGUGAGAUUCUUGCAGUGACCGCCACAAUACCUGAAGAAGCAUGACUGAUCUUUGUGGCAUAGAAUUGAAUAGUAAAGCACACGCUUCCUG